AUGUUCUACGGGACCGAUUUCAAAGGACCUAUAGUUAUCCACGAUCCCAAUGAUCCUAACAAAGAUAUGUACGAUUACGAAUAUGUGAUGACCGUCGCUGAUUGGUACCACAAACCUACUGGCGAUCCUAGCAUGUUACCCACACUUCGUAGUGAAAACUAUUUUGGAUUCGAUCCUAUACCUGAUUCUGCAGAUAUUAGUGGUGUGGGACAGUACAAAUGUACUUUUCCGACUUGUAUUCCUCGGAAAUUCGCCACUUACAAAGUCAAGAAAGGAAAAAGAUAUCGAUUUAGAAUAAUAAAUAUGAGUACAAUGUCACAUUUUUGGGUUUCCAUUGACGAACAUCCGCUCACUAUUGUUGAAAUUGAUGGAGUACCAACUCAUCCGGCCACUAUUAAAAUGCUUCCAAUCAAUAUUGCUCAGCGAUACUCAGUAAUUGUAGAGGCGAAUAAAGAAAUUGGGAAUUAUUGGAUUCGGACACACCUUUCUAAUUGCAGUCUCCCAGUCAACAAUGUUACAAUUAAUGCCGAUUCACCAAUAUUUAGUAAUAACAAUAUUACUGGCAUUCUUCGAUACGAUGAUGCACCCUUUACCAUUCCAACUUCCGAAGAAUAUCACGUAAACGAGUUCAAUUGCUAUGAUGUGGCUUCUAGCCUCUUAAAACCAUACCAAGAGUAUCCACGGGUACCACAAGGAGAAAAUAUUAGGCGUAUUUAUAUUGAAGUCGCUAUCCAAAGACUAAAUCUCGUUAUCGACGCAACAAUGAACAAUUCAUCAUACGUCCCAGACUUUACCUAUCCUACAAAUCAACGAGUUAUCGAUGGCGCUGACUUCGUAACUUCCGAUAACGUUUAUUCUUAUAAUAAAUUGAACGAGCCUAUUGAAAUUCUUUUAAACAAUACAGAAAAUAGAACGCACCCCUUCCAUUUGCACGGACAUGUGUUCUGGAUCAUUGCUCGGGGUGAGGCGGGAAGCUAUAACCAGCCCCUUUCUUCCUUAAAGUACAAUUUUGACGAUCCACCUCUUCGUGACACGGCAACUGUUAAAGAGCUUGGGUAA